AUGGCAGGCCCUGUAGGUAGCCGGAUUCUGGGCCACCUCCACGCCCUGUACAUGGUCUUCUUAAUAAUGCUGGUCAUGAUGAGCUUGGUGUUUGGUGAGUUUGAGCAUUAUGAUCAAGAUCCCUUUCAUCAGAUUCAUUUAAACAAAUACAUAAGCUGCUACCGAUGCCUCCUGGAGACCAAGGAGUUGGGAUGCCUUCUGGGAUCUGACACCUGCCUCGCCCCAAAGGGCAGCAGCUGCAUGACUCUGCUCAUUAAGAACAACAGUGGUUCCGAGAUCAUGGUGAGUGACUGCCGCAGCAAGGAGCAAAUGAGUGAUUGCUCGUACACCCACACUUCUCCAGUGUUGGGCUUCUGGGUAUUCUCUAGAUGCUGCUUCCGGAAUUUCUGCAAUAACCCUCAGAACAGAAUAAAAUAUGAUCCUUAG